AUGGCGGCGGCGGCGCGGCGGUGGUUCUGCGCCCUGGCGCUCGGCGUCUCCUUCCUCAAGUGCCUCCUCAUCCCCACGUAUCAUUCCACAGACUUUGAAGUGCAUAGGAAUUGGCUUGCCAUCACUCACAACUUACCUCUCUCUCAGUGGUACUAUGAAGCUACUUCAGAAUGGACCUUGGAUUAUCCACCAUUUUUCGCUUGGUUUGAAUAUGCACUUUCACACAUUGCCAAGUACUUUGACCCACAAAUGCUGGUUAUCCAAAACCUAAAUUAUUCCAGCCAAGCAACCAUCUUCUUCCAAAGAUUUUCUGUCAUCUUUACAGAUAUCCUUUUUAUAUAUGCUGUUCGUGAAUGCUGCAGAUGUGUGAAUGGGAGACGAGCUGGAAAGGAUAUUAUGGAAAAACCAACAUUCAUUCUUGCUGCUCUGCUUUUGUGGAAUUUUGGAUUAUUAAUCGUGGAUCAUAUUCACUUCCAAUACAACGGCUUUCUGUUUGGGCUGAUGCUUCUUUCCAUUGCUCGACUAUGUCAGAAACGAUACUUGGAGGGUGCUGCUCUUUUUGCUGUUCUUCUGCAUUUCAAACACAUCUAUGUGUACGUGGCCCCAGCAUACGGCAUUUAUUUGUUGCGAUCUUAUUGUUUUACUGCAAAUAAUACAGAUGGAUCCCUGAAGUGGAGAAGUUUCAGCUUUCUUCACACAACUCUCUUGGGACUGAUUGUCUGUCUUGUUUCUGCGCUUUCUUUGGGCCCCUUUAUAGUAUUGGGCCAGCUGCCUCAGGUCCUUUCACGACUUUUUCCUUUCAAGAGAGGCCUCUGCCAUGCUUAUUGGGCCCCCAACUUCUGGGCUUUGUACAAUGCCAUGGAUAAAGCGUUAACAGUUGUUGGUUUAAAGUAUAACCUUCUUGACUCCACAAAAAUACCUAAAGCCUCAAUGACAGGAGGGUUGGUUCAAGAAUUUCAGCAUACUGUCCUCCCUUCUGUGACUCCACUAGCAACAUUAAUCUGUACUUUAAUAUCAAUAUUGCCCUCUGUUUUCUGUCUUUGGUUUAAACCUCAAGGGCCCAGAGGCUUCCUUCAGUGCGUUGUUCUCUGUGCAUUGAGCUCUUUCAUGUUUGGCUGGCACGUGCAUGAGAAAGCAAUACUGCUUGCUAUUCUGCCUUUAAGGUAAGUGAGCUCUGGAAGUUGUAGUUCACCAGCUGAACCUUUAGCCACUUGUUGAAGAAUCCUCAA